AUGGCGACCACCGACUCACAGACCCCCUACUCAAGUAAUACCACCUACUCAAAAAGGAACAAUGGAAGAGGGUCCUGCAUCCUCAGCGAGGUGUCCACGCGCUCCCGGUCUAAGCUACCUUCGGGGAAGAACGUCCUUCUGCUGGGUGAAGAUGGAGCUGGUAAAACUAGCUUAAUAGGAAAAAUUCAAGGAAUAGAGGAAUACAAAAAAGGAAGAGGAAUGGAGUAUUUGUAUUUAAAUGUGCAUGAUGAAGAUCGAGAUGACCAAACAAGAUGUAAUGUGUGGAUUUUGGAUGGUGACCUGUAUCACAAAGGUCUUCUUAAAUUUGCGAUGGAGGCAAGCUCUCUAAAGGACACUCUAAUUAUGUUGGUAGUAGACAUGUCUAGGCCUUGGACUGCACUGGAUUCUUUACAAAAAUGGGCAAGUGUUGUAAGAGAACAUAUUGACAAGUUAAAAAUUCCUCCUGAAGAAAUGAAAGAAAUGGAACAAAAGUUGGUAAGAGACUUCCAGGAAUAUAUAGAACCAGGCGAGGAUUUUCCAGCUUCUCCACAGAGAAGAAAUACUUCAUUACAGGAAGACAAAGAUGACAGUGUGAUUUUACCCCUGGGUGCAGAUACACUAACAUGUAACUUAGGCAUUCCAGUAGUAGUAGUUUGUACAAAGUGUGAUGCCAUCAGUGUUCUGGAAAAAGAGCAUGACUACAGAGAUGAACACUUUGACUUCAUUCAGUCACAUAUCAGACGGUUUUGCUUACAAUAUGGGGCAGCACUUAUUUACACUUCAGUAAAGGAGAACAAAAACAUUGAUUUAGUGUAUAAAUAUAUAGUCCAGAAGUUGUAUGGAUUUCCUUUUAAUGUUCCAGCUGUUGUUGUGGAAAAAGAUGCAGUAUUUAUUCCUGCAGGUUGGGAUAAUGACAAGAAGAUAGGAAUAUUGCACGAGAACUUUCAGACACUAAAAGCAGAAGACAGUUUUGAAGAUAUCAUAACAAAACCACCAGUCAGAAAGUUUGUUCACGAAAAAGAAAUUGUAGCAGAAGAUGACCAAGUGUUUCUUAUGAAGCAGCAGUCACAGUUGGCGAAACAACCACCUAGUGCUGCAGGAAGGCCAGUGGAUGCCUCUCCAAGAGUUCCUGGAGGAUCUCCUAGAACACCAAAUAGAUCCGUAACAUCAAAUGUUGCCAGUGUUACACCUAUCCCUACUGGGUCAAAAAAAAUUGAUCCGAAUAUGAAAGCUGGAGCUACUAGCGAAGGAGUCCUGGCUAACUUCUUCAACAGUCUCCUGAGCAAGAAAACUGGUUCCCCUGGUGGCCCUGGUGGUGUUGGUGGCAGUCCAGGAGGAGGUGGCACUGGAGGUGCUGGCAGCAACUUACCACCAUCAGCAAAAAAGUCAGGUCAGAAGCCAGUUUUAACAGAUGUUCAGGCAGAAUUGGACAGAAUUUCACGGAAACCUGAAAUGGUCUCUCCUACAACACCUACAUCUCCCACAGAAGGUGAAGCAUCUUGAAGACACCAAAUAAAACCAAUUGUUCAGUUUUCUGGGAUAAUUCAAACUUGCCUCUGCCUCUUCCUUCAGUGACUGGAACUAAAGAACUGAAAUAUCUUUCAGAACACAAACGGUUGAUGUCUGUCUUUCUUUCAUAUGGGUUGCCCAACUUCACAAAAGGGAACUGUACAGAUAGAAAACGGUUGUCACAUCAUGUAGGAGCACUGUUCACAGUGCAAGAAUAGUAAAUUAAUUUUUUUCUGGGUUUUGUUGAAAAGUCAGUGUAAUUCUGUAAAAUUGCAAGUAUGUCCACUUAAGUGAUAGGGGUUGCUUAGAGCAGGAAAACUUACACACACCACAGGCACUUAAUUUAUAUUGAUUUCCCAACCUGUUAGGCAAGUUUAAUACCACCUUAAAUAGUUUAACCUCUACAGGAGAGAGCUACUAGUAGUUUUUGGAAGAGAGAAUUAAUUGCACAACACCAUAACAACAACAAACAACUCCAGUUAUACUUGAACGCUUCAUUUGGAGUAUGGUUAAAAAAAUACGUUUAAUCUCCUUUGAGAUUACACUGCGUUCAAAAACCCAUGCAAAAAUUCAUUCCAGAUACAAGACUAAAAUAAUGGCCAGAGGGGUUUUUUUAGUUUUUUCUCUACAAUUAAAUUCAGACACUGAAUAAAAGAUGUAUAAAGAAAAAGCAGAGGUUAAAUGUACAGAUUAUCAGUAUCCAGAUUUGUCUAUAUAUAUAUGGCUCAGCCUUAAUGUCCCCCACUGUUUCCCACAUUAGUUAUGGUUUAAAAUUGGUCAUCAAAACUGUAAUCAGUAAUAAAGUAUUCUCUGCAUUCAAAUCUAAAUAACUUUCA